GUCUCAGAUCUCUCUAUCUCUCUAGGGUUUCCUUUUCUCUCUCUCUGCUAUUUAUGAUCACUCUCUGACGCGCUUCUCUCACCAAAUCAGAUUGGAAGGAUUCCUGUGGUUGGAGAUGGUGGUUUCGGGGCCAAUCACGCCGGGGCAGGUGUCUUUCUUGCUGGGGAUUAUUCCAGUCUUUGUUUCAUGGAUGUAUUCAGAGUACUUGGACUACAGGAAGACCUCAUCUCCUCCCAAAGUUCAUUCAGAUACUCAUCUUGAAGAGUUGGGUCAGGAUGUAAUNAAGGGAGAUGAUCGUGCAAUUUUGCUGGAAUCAGGGCUUACAAGAUCAGCAUCAGCGAAAUUCCAUCCGUCGUCUGUCAAAAUGAAUUUGAUUCGGUUUUUGACCAUGGAUGAUUCUUUCUUGUUAGAAAAUCGAGCAACUUUGAGGGCAAUGUAUGUCAAGUUUUUGUAAAUGACCAAA